GUUUGAUAGAGAGCGCGAGGGAGUAGCACGACAGCAGGUCCUCUGUGAGACAGCAGCAGAGAGAAAGACUCAUGACCCGGCAUGAGGAGCCCGUCCUUCCACUGACAUGGAGAAGUACGAGAAGGUGAAGAAAAUUGGGGAAGGUUCAUUUGGAAAGGCCAUCCUUGUCAAAUCCAAAGAGGAUGGACACCAAUAUGUCAUUAAGGAGAUCGGCAUAUCUGCAAUGUCGAGUAAAGAGACGCAGGAAUCUCGGAAGGAGGUCGCUGUUCUCGCCAACAUGAGUCACCCCAACAUCGUGCAGUACAAGGAGUCCUUUGAAGAGGGCGGCUGCCUCUACAUUGUGAUGGAUUACUGCGAGGGCGGAGACCUCUUCAAGAAGAUCAACUCUCAGAAAGGAGUUCUGUUCUCAGAAGAGCAAAUCAUGGAUUGGUUCGUGCAGAUCUGCCUGGCACUGAAACAUGUGCACGAUCAGAAGAUCCUCCACAGGGACAUCAAGUCGCAGAACAUCUUUCUGACUAAAGACGGGACCGUGCAGCUCGGAGACUUUGGAAUUGCUCGAGUGCUGAACAGCACCGUAGAACUGGCCAGAACAUGUAUCGGCACACCGUAUUACCUGUCCCCAGAGAUCUGCGAAAACAAACCGUACAACAACAAAAGUGAUAUUUGGGCCCUGGGGUGUGUCCUGUAUGAAAUGUGCACUCUUAAGCAUGCAUUUGAGGCUGGCAACAUGAAAAACCUCGUUCUGAAGAUCAUCCGCGGCUCGUACCCCCCCGUGUCUGUCCACUACUCCCAGGAGCUGCGCUCCCUCCUGGGCCUGCUGUUCAAACGCAGCCCGAGAGAGAGACCGUCAGUCAGCAGCAUCCUGGACAAACCUUUCCUCACCUGCAGGAUCGAGAGGUUCCUCACACCACAGAUCAUUGCUCAGGAAUUUCGCCAUAACUUUCUUCACAAGCAGCCUAAAGUGUGUAUGGCGCAGGGACCAGCAGCAAAGCGUCCGACACCUGGCUCCAUCCCGCUCGCCCCCGCUCACAGGAUUACUAAACCAGCCAGCAAAUACGGAGUGCCUUUAACCGCGAGGAGGCCGCCGGACGCUGUGAGGAAACCUGCCGAGAGGAGACCGGCUGUGAAGCCUAGAGCGGCCCCCCCCCCAGCAGCCCCCCACAGAAGAGUGAGUCAAGUGGAGGAAGAGAGGAGAAAACAUGAGGACGGCAUGAGGAAGAAGAGGAUGGAGCUGAUAGAGAAGGAACGGAAACAGAGAGAGCAGGUGUUCCUGUUUAAAGCAGAGCAGAUGAAGAGAUAUGAAAAGGAAAAGAUCAACCGCAUCAACCAGGCGCGAGAACAAGGCUGGAAGCACGUGUUGAGUUCCAGUGGAGGCAGCAGCCCGGAGAGGAAGUGUUUUGUAGGAGGGGGGAACAGGGCCGUCCCGUGCUCUGCUCAGGGUCCCACUGCAGCUCAACUCUACAGUAAAACCCCGUAUGAACAUUACCACGCUGCUCUGGACCUAAUGUCCAAACCUCAGGCGAGAGGGAGCAGAGAGGGAUUCCCCGCAGCCCCGGGCAGCCCGCUUCUAGAUGUGAAGCUUCUAGACGUGAAGCUUCUAGACGUGAAGCUUCUAGACGUGAAGCUUCUAGACGUGAAGCUUCUAGAUGUGAAGCUGAAGCUUCUAGACCUUCUAGAUGUGAAGCUGAAGCUUCUAGACGUGAAGCUGAAGCUUCUAGACGUGAAGCUUCUAGAUGUGAAGCUUCUAGACGUGACGCUUCUAGAUGUGAAGCUUCUAGAUGUGAAGCUGAAGCUUCUAGACGUGAAGCUUCUAGACGUGAAGCUUCUAGAUGUGAAGCUGAAGCCUCUAGACGUGAAGCUGAGGCUUCUAGACGUAAAGCUUCUAGACGUGAAGCUUCUAGACGUGAAGCUUCUAGAUGUGAAGCUUCUAGACGUGAAGCUUCUAGAUGUGAAGCUUCUAGACGUGAAGCUUCUAGAUGUGAAACUUCAAAAACAUGUGAAGCUUCUAGACGUGAAGCUUCUAGAUGUGAAGCUUCUAGACGUGAAGCUUCUAGAUGUGAAGCUGAAGCUUCUAGACGUGAAGCUUCUAGAUGUGUAG